UCCAUUGUCUGCCGCCGCCACUGCCGCGGGUGCCACUGCCGCUGCCGGGAUCGCCGCAGCCUGCAGCCUCGCGCGUCGCCGCUACCUCCUCGGACAGAAAUUUUAUGAAUAAGCAUCAGAAGCCAGUGCUAACAGGCCAGCGGUUCAAAACUCGGAAAAGGGAUGAAAAAGAGAAAUUCGAACCCACGGUCUUCAGGGAUACACUUGUCCAGGGGCUUAAUGAAGCUGGUGAUGACCUUGAAGCUGUAGCCAAGUUUCUGGAUUCCACAGGCUCAAGAUUAGAUUAUCGCCGCUAUGCAGACACACUCUUUGAUAUCCUGGUGGCUGGCAGUAUGCUUGCCCCUGGAGGAACACGCAUAGAUGACGGAGACAAGACCAAGAUGACCAACCACUGUGUGUUUUCAGCAAAUGAAGAUCAUGAAACCAUCCGAAAUUAUGCUCAGGUCUUCAAUAAACUCAUCAGGAGAUAUAAGUAUUUGGAAAAAGCAUUUGAGGAUGAAAUGAAGAAGCUUCUCCUCUUCCUUAAAGCCUUUUCCGAAACAGAGCAGACAAAGUUGGCAAUGCUGUCGGGGAUCCUGCUGGGCAACGGCACCCUUCCCGCCACCAUCCUCACCAGUCUGUUCACCGACAGCUUAGUCAAAGAAGGCAUUGCAGCCUCAUUUGCGGUCAAGCUUUUUAAAGCAUGGAUGGCAGAAAAAGAUGCCAACUCUGUUACCUCUUCUUUGAGAAAAGCCAACUUAGAUAAGAGGCUGCUUGAACUCUUUCCAGUUAACAGGCAGAGCGUGGAUCAUUUUGCUAAAUACUUCACUGACGCAGGCCUGAAGGAGCUUUCCGACUUCCUCCGAGUCCAGCAGUCCCUGGGCACCAGGAAGGAACUGCAGAAGGAGCUCCAGGAGCGUCUUUCUCAGGAAUGCCCAAUCAAGGAGGUGGUGCUCUAUGUUAAGGAAGAAAUGAAGAGGAAUGAUCUUCCGGAAACAGCAGUGAUUGGACUUCUGUGGACCUGUAUAAUGAAUGCUGUUGAAUGGAACAAGAAGGAAGAACUCGUUGCAGAGCAGGCCCUUAAGCAUCUGAAGCAAUACGCUCCACUCCUGGCUGUGUUCAGCUCCCAAGGCCAGUCAGAGCUGAUCCUCCUCCAGAAGGUUCAAGAAUACUGUUAUGACAACAUCCAUUUCAUGAAAGCUUUUCAGAAGAUCGUGGUUCUCUUUUAUAAAGCUGAUGUACUGAGUGAAGAAGCAAUAUUGAAAUGGUACAAAGAAGCACAUGUUGCCAAAGGCAAAAGUGUUUUUCUUGACCAGAUGAAGAAAUUCGUUGAGUGGCUACAAAACGCAGAAGAAGAAUCUGAGUCAGAAGGUGAAGAAAAUUAGAUGGCUCAAGAAGCACAAUAGGCCACCACACAACACUUUUACUGGGAAUGCUGAACCAUUUGAGAAGAGAAAACUUGGCUUCCGUUUUCACAAAGGAAAAAAAAAAUAGGAUAGGCUGCCCUUGUGCGAAGGGGGAAAUGGUUUUUGUUUUCGUUUUGUUUUUAAAUGGAGCCCUGAGGCAUCAGCUAUUAUACUUGGGACUCUACCUCUCACUCACUAUAUGCUAACUUAAAGCCAUUCAACAAGGAGUCCAGUAGGUAUCUGAAAUUCAAUACUCAACAGACUCCUCUUUUUUAGCUGUAUUUUUCAGGUACUGUGUGGUGAACGCCCCACUGGUGUCUAUUACAGGGCCACUUUGGUAGUUGUGUAUCUGCUCGUGUAUGUGAUUUGACAAACCAGUUUUUUAAAAUAAAUGGCUUUUUAAAAAUC